CUGCUUCAAAGUCGAACCUAAAAUUUGGAUCCAGUGUGGUCUGGUUAUCCCGAGACCCGAUUUAGCCCUCAUUCACAGUGGUCUCGUCUUCUUCGGCGCGCGAGAGACGGGGAAAGAGAGAGACAGAUCUGUGCUUUUUUCCUUCUCGAUCUAAAUGGGUUCGGAGUUGAGGCCCAUUGGGAGCCCCGUGCCAGUCACCUGGUACCCAGCCCUUGCCGUUCUUCUUGUGGGGAUUGGACUCAUGAUCACCGCUUCCUUUUUCAUUUAUGAGGCUACUUCAUCCAGGCGUAAUCGAAGUCUGUCCAAGGAGCUCACAACUGGUGCUGUGGCUUCUCUAUUCUUGGGUUUUGGUUCCUUGUUCUUGCUCUUGGCUUCAGGAGUGUAUGUUUGAACCUUUUUUGCAUGAAAUGAAGUUUGUUGGACAUGUAGGAUGAUGAGUUUGAAUACUACAUAAAGUUAUUGCAAUAGAUAGCGCUAGACAAAUUUUGGAUUUC